GCAAGUCCAAGUCAUCGUAUAGACUCUAAUAUAACGGCUACAUUCGGUAGUUGCGAGAUUUUAACGAAUUCUCUUUUCCUUUUCUCUUCUCUCAUUUUCAUUAUUUUCCCCUUCCCUCUGCAGAUCAAACAAAGUAAGAUCAUGGUCAAUGUACAGCCCAAUCGUUUGGCCCCAUCGCUGAGUGUCUGCCGACGCCAGUUGCCGAAACGCAUGAAUCCCUUUAUCAAAAUAACUCUCAAGAAAACCGCUGACAUUGUGCUCUACGAACAGCGCAGCACAACGGUACUGCGAGAUAGUGAGGAGGGCCGUUUGGUGGAGGAAGAUAAUCGACGUUAUGAAUAUCUAACCCAAGGCCAGGGACGCAAACGCAUUUGCUUCCCGGUGGAGACCCAAACAUCGGUGAUACUGACCAAAACUCGUAGCGUCAAUACGGAUUCAAUUGCCAAGGGCAAUGUCGCCUCAUAUGUUUCGAAUUUUGAAAUGUUCGACACGUACAAGGAUCUGGAGCAGACCACACAGAGUGUCGAUGUGGAUGGAAGGCACAAGAUGCAGGUGACCACCUACAAAGUGGGUGGGGUGGAUCAAUUUGUCGAUAUCAAUAAAACGCCACAAUUCAAUCUCGCCCUCAUGUUGACCAUGCGCAUUUUGGCCGGCAAUAAUUUUGAGAGAGCCCAGAGACGUUUUCGCAACAUGAUCAUGCCGGACCCGUUGGCCUUGCAGGUGCGCUACAGCUAUCGCAUGGAUCUUUUGUGGACAUUCAGUAUACCCCUGCAGGCAGGUGACAGUCAAUCGAUUACCGCCUUAAGUUGGUGUCCGAAACAUGGCGACAUCUUGGCCGCCAGCUAUGGCAUAUUUGGCUCCACCGCAACUGUGGUACCACAACGUGGCUGCGUUUGCAUUUGGAACAUCAAAAAUCCCGUCAACCCUGAGAGAAUCUAUCAUUUCAAUGUACCCGUUCUGGCGGUGGAAUUUUCACCAUUUGUUCCACAACUGAUUGCCAUUGGUCUCUAUGAUGGCACCCUACAUGUCUAUGACAUUAGCAACAUUGAAAGGCCCCAAAUAGCGCAAUCUCAGCGCUCCACCUCGCCCAGCAGUGAACCGAUAGCCUGCAUUAGAUGGAUACCCCAUAGCAAGAGUGAAACACGACUCCAUGACAUUGAGCCAUUUCUGGCAUUGGCCCGAGAUGGUUCCAUUACCAGAUAUAGUCUCAUCAAUAGUCCAUAUCUCUUGGGAUACCAGCUGAUGAAACUAAAUCGAGUCGAUGGCAAUGCUGAGGGUAUACUGCUGGACAACAAGCCAAUACUCCUGGAGGCAAAUCGUCAUCCGCAGGGCAUGUACAUCGCUUUGGAUGCCCAGCAAACAGAUGUGUAUUAUGUCCUCACCGAUGAGGGAUGCCAGCACAAAUGUUCGACCAAUUAUCCCCAGCAACAGUUACACGUUCUGCAGCUGCAUGAGGCCGGUAUUAAUUAUAUGGAAUUUUCACCAUGGUCACCGAAAUUGUAUUUGACCUGUGGCAAUGAUUGGUGCAUUCGCAUUUGGUUAAUGGGUAUUUUCAGGCCGCUGAUAACUCUAAAAUACCACAUGAGUCCGGUCUACUGUGCCACAUGGAGUACGGUACACUCGUCGAUUAUUGUGGCCCUACAUCGAGAUACCGUUGACGUCUGGGAUUUGAGACGCAGCAUUUUACAGCCAGCAUCAUCGACAAGGAUCGACAGUACAGCGUAUUACACAACAUUGAGUCUAUCACGAUGCGGUCGCUCAGUGGCCGUGGGCAACGACAAGGGACGUGUUGAAAUAUUGGCCUUCGAGGAAAUGCCAUUCUCACCACAUUUCCAAUACGAUCAUCUGGAGAAGACGAUAUUUUCAAUAUUGUCAAAUCAAAAGGACUUACUUCGGGAUGUCAAAAGUAUUGGAUAUUUUGGGUAUCCAAAAUUAAGUGAUUGUAACAAGUGAAUGCAUGUAUGGUGGCCAUAGGCAAUGAAAUAUAAAAUAACGACAAAAUUGUAAUGUUUCCAUAACGAC